UGUAUCGCAAAUGCUUACCAGUGACAUCUGGUGGUUAGAAGACAUGAUGGCGGCUGUUAAUUCAAUAGUCCAGGACGAAGCUAAAUGCCACUGCCCCGACACUUUGGGUUAACAGAGGACAACGUGUUAGGAUUCACUUGUGAAUAAAAAACGAUUAGACCUACCUGUAUGUUUUAUUUAAACCAUUUUUGCUAGUGCUGAGAAAUUUCUGGUACAAGCUCUGACACACUGUGCCGAUGCAGAUUGCUUUGAGGAAGUUCAAGUGACACGAGCAUUGGCGCCUCGAUGUCCCCCUUAGCAAAAGGUAGGCUAAUUAAUAACAAGUGACUCAAGCGUAACCAGUGCCACACCUGGGGCGUGGCGUGGCGUGACGUUAUCCAAAGUGCUGCUCGGCGCUUGACUUGUCGGGCUGGACCGUGAUAGUUUCACUACGCAUUCUGCAACCAGAAGUGAUUCCCUUCCCGGAACCGUUCUUGGAAUAAUUCACAUUUUUGCUAUGAGAUAGAACUUCAGGCCCGUAUAAUGGCCAGUUCACUCGAAACUUUUCGAAUCCGAUCAGCUGAUAUUUUAACCAAAGACCCGCUCGACUACGGAGGAUUCGGUGAAGUCUUCUUAUGCCGCCACAAAACCCUCGGACCUGUGGUCCUGAAGUCUGUGUUCACUGGCUUUCUUCGAAACGAAGAUAGUAAGAGAUCGCUGCAGGAGGAGGGGGCCCUGAUGAUCCAACUGUGCCAUGAGCGUGUGGUGAAGCUUCUGGGUGUCAUUAUGGAGGACGGGGACUACUCCCUGGUCAUGGAGCUCAUACCAAUGGGCAAUCUGAAGUCCAUGCUUCAACAGGUUACAGUGCCAAUAUCGAUCAGGGGCAGAAUCGUUCUCGAGAUUCUGGAAGGAAUGGUUUACCUCACAGAAAAUAAUGUCAUACACAAGGACUUGAAGCCGGAGAACAUCUUAGUGGACCAGGACUUCCACAUCAAGAUCGCUGACCUCGGCCUGGCCACUUGCGAGUCCUGGAGCAAGCUGACUCGAGAGGAGUCCCGCAGGAAGAGCCGUUCAGUGGCCACGGCGGGCACCCAGGGGGCCGGCACGCUGAGCUACAUGGCCCCUGAGCACCUGGAGGACAUCAACAUCCGCUCCACGGAGAAGUCUGACGUCUACAGCUUCGCCAUCGUGCUGUGGGUCAUCCUCACCGGCCGAGACCCUUACGAGAACGCCCGAAACGAGAACCAGGUGUGCAUGUGUGUCCGCAAUGGAAACCGCCCAGCGGAGGACCUCAUCGCGGAGGACAUUCCCCGCGAGAUGGUGGAUCUCAUGAAGAGCUGCUGGCACAAGGACCCGAAGCUUAGGCCCACAUUUCAGGAGGGUUACAAGAUGUUCCUACCUUUCUACAAGGAAAAUCUCGAAGACUUAAUUGAGAAGGAUUCCCAUCAUUUGAGGGAAAUGUACGAUGGUCCCGAAGGGCUGGUGGAGAAGUUGAAAACCCUAACCAUCCCCUCUGAGUCUGCAUCAGCAGACGGCCCCGCUUCCCUGCUGAGCUCAGACCGAAGCGGCCCCUCCCUUGGCCCCUCCCUGGGCCCCGUGGAGGCCAGCGUGGAGGACCUCCACUACCUCUCCUGCCGGACCUCCGUCGAGGAGCCCGCCGGCCCCAUCCAGACGGACGCCCAGGGGGUGGGGGCGGCAGGGCCCCACGCCACCAGCCUGGAGCAGAAGCUGGACAGGGAGCUGCAGUACCACAAGAACGGCAGCUACACCUUCGUGGGCCAGCCGCACUCGGCCGACCCCAGCCAGCCCGACCACACCCGGCUACGACGCGCCGUCUCGGAGCUUCCCCAGCACCCGGGGAUGUCCUCGGUGCGCCCGGCGACCGCCGAGCCCUCGGAGGACGGCUGCUACCACCCCGACGUGGGCCUCUAUGAGUCGAUGGCGUCCGCGGCGUCCUCGGCCAAGUCUCACCACAAGUCCACCGUGUCCAGCAACCCGUCCCUCGCCGAGCACCGGCUCGUCCCUCCGGAGCAGGCCUCGGCCUACGAGCGGCAGAAGUCGUGGCCGACGUACCCGGUCCCGGACACGGCGGCGGCCGACUACCCCGCCGGGCUCCGCUUCAUCCCAAACAUGAUCGGCCCCCUGCAGGAUACAGGUUCCCAGGGUUUGUACAUCCAGAACGCGAGUGCUAUCCAGAUUGGUAAUAACAACUCUCUGAGCAUCAGGGGCUCAGACUCCAGUCUGGGUGGGCCGUCCUACUCUAUGCUGCAACUCAAACAGGCUCUCCUGAAAUAUGACGACCAGGCGGUGACCGAGGAACACCUGGACCUGCUGAGGGACAACAUCGGCUCCAACUGGAAGCGCUGCGCUCGACGCCUGGGUCUGACCAACGUGGAGGUGGAGGCGGUGGACCACGACUACUGCCGCGACGGGCUGCAGGAGAAGGUGCACCAGAUGCUAGAGCGCUGGAGGAUGAAGGAGGGCAGCUUGGGCUGCACUGUGGGCAAGCUCUGCAAGGCACUGGAUAGCCACAUCCCCGUGGACGUGAUCCAGAAACUGUUGUCCGCCUGCCAGAAGAGCAGCUCCACCUGAAUGGGAGGGAGAUGGCAGCACAAAGGAAAGGGAAUUGAAUUUACAACCCCUCCAAAAAUCAAAGCCAUCUCUUUCCAAGCAAAGUCCUUCCCAUUAAGUACUUAAGAUAUGGUUGUGUCAUGGUUCUCUCUCUCUCUCUCUUUCUCUCUCUCUCUCUCUCUCUCUCUUUCUUUCUUUCUUUCUUUCUUUCUUUCUUUCUUUCUUUCUUUCUUUCUUUCUUUCUUUCUUUCUUUCUUUCUUUCUUUCUUUCUUUCUUUCUUUCUUUCUUUCUUUCCUUCCUUCCUUCCUUCCUUCCUUCCUUCCUUCCUUCCUUCCUUCCUUCCUUCCUUCCUUCCUUCCUUCCUUCCUUCCUUCCUUCCUUCCUUCCUUCCUUCCUUCCUUCCUUCCUUCCUUCCUUCCUUCCUUCCUUCCUUCCUUCCUUCUUCAGAGGGAUAAAGAUGUUCUUUCCUUUCUACAAGAAAGUCUGGAAGACUUAAUUGGGAUGGAUUCUCUUCCAUUUAGUGAAUUUUCUCAGCCGUACAGACUGAUCAGUUUACAGUUUUGGUGCAUACCAACACCUCUCACUAUAGCCUGAUGCUGCAAGUCGAACACAAACUGUUUUUGACACACAAUGUAAGAACAUAAUGUGUUGGUUCUUGGUUUGCAGCAGCGGGCUGAGGCAAAUUCACUCAACAAGUAGAAACGUACUUCCAAUAUCCUGAUGAGAGAAAAUCUAAAAUUCUCCAAUAGUUAGAUGUUUACUGUUUUUGGGGGGUUCAACUGUAUAUCUGGCAUUUACCCGGGCGAGAUGGAUGUAUUUGAGCCAAAAACCUGAACCAUAACAUGAAACAUAAUAAUGAUUUUAUUUAGUGUCGAAGGCAUAGUGAAUCAAGUUGUGUCAUCAUCAUUAAUAAUAACAUUUGAAAAUGUACCGGGUAUUCUUAUGAAUGUGAAUUAUGUUGAAAUGUGCAAUUUUCUUAUAUACUAUUAUAUGUAUACAUUUCUUUCAACUGUUCCACUACAAUAAGAUGUAGAACAAUAAAUAUGCUUCCUGUGCAAAUGUAUGCAAUUAGCAAGCUGGUUGCUAAUGGCUCCUGUGCUAUCACCCUAUAGUAUAAAGGCAAGACUAUUUGUUAUCUUGUAAAGGUAUUUUUAAAUGAUAAGUUUGACCAGUGCUUUCAAUGGUCAGCUCACUGUAAUGGGUUUGUGUGAGUAUGUAUGUGGGAGUAAGGACAACGAAGUUGCAUAUCACUAAUGCUGAUUCAUUUUCCAAAUAUAAAUUUCAAAUAAAAUAAAAAGUUUUGUGUAAUAUGUUUAAUUUAGGCAAGAACAAUAACUAUCUGUUGGAAUGACUAUUUUGUGAUUUCAAAAUAAC